GAGCUCAUUCAAACAUCCCAUUCCAUUUCCCUCUCCAUUCAACCACCGAUCAAUCCUUCGUAGAGUUUCCAUUAAUCGACAUCAUCAAUGGCUGCUUCUUGUCAUUUCACCGAGCUCACAGUUCCUCGAAUAGCCCUAAAUCGCAGAAGAAUGUUGGAUUGUUCCUUAGCUCUAGGCCCGAGACAUGCUGUCGAUUUCGGUUCCCGAUUUCGUCGUACGAUUUCGGAAAAACCUAACGGAACCGGGAAGUUGUCUGCCGGAGUUCACAAGGAUCUUAUUGGCCCUCUAUUCGCCGGCCGCCGGAAUGCCAUUAGUAAUCAGUUCAGCGACAGUCUCUACGAAGAAGAAGAAGAAGAUAGUUCCCGCGAGAGGAACAGCGCCACCGCGGUUUGGGGAAAAAAUGGAAAUAAUGAUGAACAAUCUGGGGAUGAUGUUAAAUAUGAACUUGUAGUUUUGUGUCUACCUGCAAUGGCUGGACAAGCUAUGCUCUUGGCUGGACAGCUUUUGGAGACUGCUUCUGUUGGAAAAUUAGGUGCCUUGGAGUUGGCUUCAGCUGGUGUUUCCAUAAACAUAUUUAACUACUUAUCAAAGCUUUUUAAUGUCCCUCUACUAAGUGUAGCUACUUCCUUUGUUGCUGAGGACAUUUCAAAGCAUGGCUUCCAACAUCCUUCUUUAGAUUCUGUGCAGAGAAAGCACUUAUCUUCAGUUUCUACAGCUCUUGUGCUGGCACUUGGAGUUGGAGUUUUUGAGGCUUUAAUCCUUUACUUUGGAUCUGGAAUUCUUCUGAAUGCCAUGGGUAUUCCUUGUGGGUCAUCUUUGCGCAUUCAAGCCCAAAAAUUUCUCACACUUAGAGCCCUUGGUGCUCCUGCUGUUGCUCUUUAUUUGACUCUUCAAGGAGUUUUUAGAGGGUUUAAGGAUACCAAAACUCUUGUUCUAUGUCUAGGAAUUGGCAACUUUUUGGCUGUCUGUCUUUUUCCACUAUUGAUUUACUAUUUUCAAUUGGGCGCAACUGGAGCAGCAAUUUCCAUUGUAGUGUCUCAAUAUGUUAUUGCUUUUCUAAUGAUAUGGUUUUUAAACAAAAGGGUUGUACUGCUAUCGCCAAAGUUUGGUGCACUGCAAUUUGGUGAAUAUAUGAAAUCUGGUAGUUUUCUCUUUGGAAGGACUCUUUCCAUUCUAACAACCAUGACGGUAGCGAUGUCAAUGGUCACUCGUCAAGGUGCAGUACCUAUGGCUGCACAUCAAAUAUGUAUGCAAGUAUGGUUAGCAGUAACGACUCUUACUGAAGCUCUUGCUACUUCUAGUCAGGUUAUAGUUGCGAGUGCUGCAUCAAAAAGAGAUUAUAAGACUGCAAAGAAAGUUACAAGCUUAGCCAUAAAGGUAGGCUUGCUCGCAGGUAUCAUAUUAUGUGCAGUCCUUGGAGCAUCUUUUCAUUCUUUGGCCCCUUUGUUCACCAAGGAUCCUCAAGUGUUGGAAAUUCUUAGAAAGGGAGUGCUGUUUGUAAGUGGCGCUCAACCUUUGAUUCCUCUAGCAACUCUCUUUGAUGGUUUGCAUUAUGGUGUUUCGGACUUCCCGUAUGCAGCUUGGUCAACGGUGGUGGUUGGAACAGUCUCUUCAUGCGUUAUGCUUUAUGCUCCUUCCAGUUUUGGUCUAUAUAGGACAUGGCUAGGCUUGACACUCUUUCUGGGCUUGCGUACUGUAGCUGGUUUUGCCAGGUACAAUCUCGCUCUUGAACUCAAGGACACAACUGUAUAG